AGGCCCCGCGGCGACGCUGAGCUGGGCGGGGCAGUUCUCUUCCAGGCCUCCCGGAGACGCCGAGCUAGCGAGCGGCCACCGUCUCGUGAGCCUCCUGUGCUGCUGGGGCAGAUGGCUCCCUCUCCUGCAACCCUAAGUUACUGGAGUGGCUGGAGACCGCCUUUAAACCCAUUAUGACCGGGACAAUGACUCUCAAACUUGGCUGUGGAUAAAUCUCCCUUUCUGGUUGGUCGGUGGUGAAUCUGUGGCGAGAUCUGGCCCAAUGGGCGCUGUAGUUCGCAGAACGUGACCUGGAAGUUGGUUCCGAGCAGGCGCCGUUGGCUGUGGAUGCGUAACUCUCGCGCUGAAACUUCCGGCGUGGGAGCCGAGCCCUGAGUCCUGCGUGAGUCCGCGACGCAGGGAGAAGCGUGGCGCUUAGGUCCUUCCCUAGGGAGGUCCUGGGGAGGGCUGGGGAGGGCUGGCGCGGCGGCUCCCGGGACGGACUGAGGCCAAGGCGCCGGAGGCGGCGGCGGCCUGGCUAGAGCUGGCUCUUCGGCCGGGACUUGAAGCCCACCCAGGGUCCUCGGGCUCCUGCUGACGCCGGCCAUCUCUGCGCGAGGCUGGGGGCUCCUUUCCAGGCGGGCGUAGCUGGUUCCCGGGGUAAGGCACUACAAGGGCCUGACGAUGGCGUCGGGCCCUGGCUCCCAGGAUCAGGAAGGGCUUCUGAUAGUGAAACUGGAGGAGGACUGCGCCUGGAACCAGGAGCUGCUCCCGCCAGACCCAGGGCCCAGCCCGGAGGCCUCCCACCUGCUGUUCAGACGGUUCCGCUUCCAAGAGGCCGCUGGGCCCCGGGAAGCCCUCAGCCGGCUCCAGGAGCUUUGCCAUGGGUGGCUUCGGCCUGAGAUGCGCACCAAGGAGCAGAUCCUGGAGCUGCUGGUGCUGGAGCAGUUUCUAAUCAUCCUGCCCCAGGAGAUCCAGAGCAGGGUGCAGGAGCUGCAUCCGGAGAGCAGCGAGGAAGCAGUAACCCUUGUGGAAGAUAUGCAGAGAGAGCUUGGGAAACUGAAGCAACAGGUCACAAACCAUGGGCGGGGAACAGAAGUGCUUUUGGAGGAGCCUUUGUCUCUGGAAACAGCACGAAAGUCACCGAGCUUCAAGCUGGAGCCAGUGGAGCCUGAGCGAAGCCCUGGUCCCAGGCUGCAGGAGCUGCUAGGCCCCAGCCCUAAAAGGGACUCCCAGGCUGUAAAGGAGAGGGCAUUAUCUGCUCCCUGGCUUUCUCUCUUUCCUCCCGAAGGAAACAUGGAAGACAAGAUGGCUGGGCCCCAGUUGCCUGAGAGCUUAGAGGACGUGACUAUGUACAUCUCCCAGGAGGAGUGGGGGCAUCAGGAUCCUAGUAAGAGGGCCCUCUCCAGGGACACGGUGCAGGAGAGUUAUGAGAAUGUGGACUCACUGGAGUCUCAGAUUCCCAGUCAGGAGGCCCUGAGCACCCAGGUGGAACACGGAAGAAAACUAUGGGAUUCCAGUGUCCAGAUUUGCAAGGAGGGACUGAGCCCCAGAAGCUCAGCCCAAGGGGAAGAGAAAUUUGAGAGCCGGGAAGAAAGUACUCUGUCUGUUUCUCCUGAGAACAUCCAUCUGCAGGUGCUUCUGCCUGGCCAGGCCAGAGGGGAGGUGCCCUGGAGUCCUGAGCAGGGACAGCCUGGGGACAGGGCAGAAGGGCAUUGGGAGCCUUCCCCAGAGGAUCGGAUGGUGCAGUCCUUAGUGGGGGCCACAAAUUGCAGAGAAGUAGGGCGGCCAAAGGAACUGCAGCCAAAGAAGCUCCAUUUAUGUCCCUUGUGUGGCAAAAAUUUCUCUAACAAUUCUAAUCUAACUAGACACCAGAGAAUACAUGCAGCAGAAAGACUGUGUAUGGGUGUGGAGUGCAGUGAAAUCUUUGGCGGGAACCCACACUUUUUAUCACUACACAGAGCACACUUUGGAGAGGAGGCCCAUAAGUGCCUCGAAUGUGGAAAAAGCUUCAGUCAGAAUACCCACCUGACUCGCCAUCAACGCACCCACACAGGCGAGAAGCCCUAUCAAUGUAAUAUAUGUGGAAAAAGCUUCUCUUGCAACUCCAAUCUCCACAGACACCAGAGAACACACACAGGCGAAAAGCCCUACAAGUGCCCUGAGUGCGGGGAGAUUUUUGCUCACAGUUCCAACCUCGUUAGGCACCAGAGAAUUCAUACAGGAGAGAGACCCUAUAAGUGUGCUGAGUGUGGAAAAAGUUUCUCUCGCAGUUCCCACCUUGUCAUACAUGAAAGAACUCAUGAGAAAGAGAGGCUUUACUCCUUCUCCGAGUGUAGGGAAGCAAUGAGUGACAGUGGCCCCUUUCUUACAAAUCAUGGAACCCACAAGGCAGAGAAGAAGCUCUUUGAAUGUUUGACUUGUGGGAAAAGCUUCCGGCAGGGUAUGCAUCUCACCAGACAUCAGAGAACGCACACAGGAGAGAAACCAUAUAAAUGUACCCUUUGCGGGGAAAAUUUUUCUCAUAGAUCCAACUUAAUCAGGCACCAGAGAAUUCACACGGGAGAGAAACCCUAUACCUGUCAUGAGUGUGGAGACAGUUUCUCUCACAGUUCCAACCGGAUUCGUCAUCUGAGAACCCAUACAGGAGAGAGACCUUAUAAAUGUUCUGAAUGUGGAGAAAGCUUUUCUCGGAGUUCACGCCUUAUGAGUCAUCAGAGAACUCACACCAGAUAGAAACAAUGGGGUUUCAUUUCACCAUAUUCAGAGGGUUCUAUUGUUGAAAGCUGGUAUUUCUUGUCCUGCUGACCAAAUCAACCUGUGUUUUUAAUGUAAUUACUAUAAAGAGUAACAGGGAUGGGAGUUAUUGUGAGGAAGGUGCAGAGGCAGCAAAGGAUUAGUAUAAAACUGAAAAGGAAUUCUGUCUGAACUAGUGAGGAUGACAAGUCUUUGAGGUGACCUGCUCAGGGCAGAAUUCUCUGUGAAGUCCACUUUGUCUCAUGGUGCACCUACCCCCUUGACAUAUUUAGACAAGUUGUGAUUUGUAUGCCUUACU